AAUAAUAAUAAUAGCACAGUUUCAUUUCAUGAUAGAAUAGAAGGAAAGAAGCCAGCGAGUUGCAGAAGACGCAGCAGCAACAGCAACAACAAUGGAGGCUUCUAUACAGACCACUGCGUUAAGACCAUAUUGCCCCUUAUGCUGCCGCCUCUCACGCUCCUUCUCCCUCUCACUCUCUUCAUGCUCUUCUCUCGUUUCCCUAACUCCUCACAGAAGAAAAAUCAAGGCAAUCCAGAUUGCUAGCAAUGGCCUUCGAAAUAGCAAUGGGUAUAGUAAUUGUGUUAGAGCAGAUUUACGGGGUCCAAAGUUGACAUCUGCGGGGUUAAAUAAAUACAAUGACACUAGCACUCACACUCAGUAUAAACAGAGUUUCCCAUACAAGAAUCCGGUUUGCGAUACAUUUAUGAAGUUCACAAGUGCAUCAACUAGCAUGUUGGAGGAAAUGACAGCAGAGGAAGAGGUGAGUUCUUCACAUUCCUAUGAAACACAAGUUAGGAAGGUGGAUGUGGCUCCUUGCAUUCCUGAACGUUCCACAGCUGCUGCUGAAAGGAAAUUGACUGGUGGUGAUAAUAGAGGAUGGACUAUGGCAAAAAAUAAAUUAGCUGAAGGUAAGAAGGAAAUGAACGGCGCAAACAAAUACAAGAGGAAAAGUGACGGUUCUCACUUAUCUAGUAGAUUUGCUUCCAUUGGUCGGAGACAAGGUCUUUCUACGCGUGGGGUUGGCAAUCAUGUACGGCAGGAUCAUGGUGAAAAUGUCUCACCUGCUGUUAAAUAUUCUUUAUUAAACAAUUCAAAGAUGAUUACAGAUUCUGAAACUGUGGUCCAUCAAUAUAAUGAAUCAGCAUUAGACAUUAGUAAAGAGAAAAUUACUAGAGUUAAUGGCGAUGAAGUUUUAGAGGAAGCUGUAAAGGAUUCAACUGAUGCAACAAUUGCUAGAAAGGCUCGUUGUACUGACCAGUCAAAACUUCAGGACAGACUCUGUCGUAUCUAUGAAGAUAUUCUGGUGGUUGAUAAUAUUCCUCUAGCAGAAGAGGUUGUUAAGAUGCUCACAGUAAAAUACCGGCAUCUUAUAUAUGCAUGUGAUACCGAGGUAGCCAAGAUAGAUGUCAAACAAGAAACACCUGUAGAUCACGGGGAGAUAACAUGCUUUAGCAUUUAUGGCGGUUCAGAAGCUGAUUUUGGAGGUGGAAAGUCUUGUAUUUGGGUAGAUGUGCUUGAUGGUGGAGGCAAAGAGAUUUUAGAAAAAUUUGCUAAUUUUUUCAGCGAUCCUUUGAUCAUGAAGGUCUGGCAUAAUUAUAGCUUUGACUGUCAUGUUAUAGAGAACUAUGGAUUCAAAGUUUCUGGUUUUCAUGCUGAUACAAUGCACAUGGCACGGUUAUGGGAUUCAUCAAGACAAUUAAAUGGGGGUUAUUCUCUUGAAAAACUAUCAGGUGACAAAAAGGUCAUGUCAAGGGCUCAGUCGAACCAUGAAAAGGAUUUGAUCGGUAAGGUGUCAAUGAAAACUAUAUUUAGUAAGAAAAAGGUGAAAAAAGAUGGAUCUGAGGGUAAAACGAUUACCAUCGCUCCUGUUGAAGAUCUACAGAGAGAUGAGCGUAUACCUUGGAUAUGUUAUUCUGCCUUAGAUGCUAAAAGCACUUUGAAUCUGUAUGAGAGCUUGAAAAGCUAUCUUUCAGAAAUGCCAUGGAAAUUUGAUGGUGUACCGGUUUCUGGGAAAACCAUGUAUGAUUUCUACAACGAAUAUUGGCGGCCAUUUGGGGAGAUUCUAGUCCUAAUGGAAUCUGAGGGAAUGCUAGUUGAUCGGUCAUAUCUUGAAGGCAUAGAAAAGGUUGCCAAAACAGAGCAAGAAAUAGCUGUUGAUAGAUUCCGUAAAUGGGCGUGUAGGUAUUGUCCCGAUGCAAAGUAUAUGAAUUUCGGAAGCGAUUUACAGUUGCGCCAGUUGCUUUUUGGUGGUACCGUGAACAGAAAAGACUCCAGUCAAGCACUUCCAAUGGAGCGAAUAUUCAAAAUUCCCAAUGUUGAAGAAGUGAUUGAAGAAGGCAAGAAGGCUCCCAAAAAAUUUCGUGAUAUGAAGGUGAAGAGCCUAGGUUAUACCUUGAAGACCGAGAUGUACACAGCAAGCGGUUGGCCGUCAGUUAGUGGUGAUGCUUUAAAAGUCCUGGCUGGAAAUAUUUCUUCUGAUUAUGACUUUACUGAUGAUAUUUAUAACACGGAUCUUGACGAUGAACAUGAAAAUCCUUGUCAAAGUCAUAUUGAGGUUUCAAAAGUUGAUAAUUCUGCAUAUGGAACAGCCUUUGCUGCUUUUCCAUCAGAGAAAGAAGGGAGAGAAGCUUGCCAUGCAAUUGCUGCUUUAUGUGAAGUCAGUUCAAUCAACUCUUUGAUUUCGAACUUCAUCCUACCCCUGCAGGGACAUAAUAUAUCAGGAAAGGAUAACCGUGUUCAUUGUUCCUUAAAUAUCAACACAGAGACAGGACGCUUGUCAGCUAGACGGCCAAAUCUGCAGAAUCAACCUGCUUUGGAAAAAGACCGAUACAAGAUCCGUCAAGCAUUCAUUGCUGCACCUGGGAAUUCUCUUAUAGUUGCGGAUUAUGGACAGCUUGAACUUAGGAUUCUCGCACAUCUUGCCAACUGUAAGAGCAUGAUGGAAGCUUUUAAAGCUGGUGGAGAUUUCCAUUCAAGGACUGCAAUGAAUAUGUAUCCAUAUAUUCGUGAAGCAGUUGAGAGAAAAGAAGUGCUUCUCGAGUGGCAUCCUCAGCCUGGUGAGGAUAAACCUCCAGUUCCUCUAUUGAAGGAUAAAUUUGGUUCUGAAAGAAGAAAAGCUAAAAUGCUUAACUUCUCAAUUGCAUAUGGCAAGACUCCAGUGGGGCUUGCUAAGGAUUGGAGGGUUACUGUGAACGAAGCUAAGAAAACCGUUGACCUUUGGUACAACGACAGAAAAGAAGUUUUGCAAUGGCAAAAGGAGCGUAAAAACGAAGCUCGCAAGGACUAUUGUGUCUACACAUUACUAGGGCGAGCCCGGAAGUUUCCUUUGAUGGCCCAAGCAAAUACCUACCAGAAGGGUCACAUUGAGAGAGCUGCUAUUAAUACUCCAGUGCAGGGUAGUGCAGCUGAUGUUGCCAUGUGUGCAAUGAUACAAAUUUCCAAUAAUAAACAGCUGAAGGAGCUUGGUUGGAAGUUACUUCUACAGGUUCACGAUGAAGUCAUAUUGGAAGGACCAACAGAGUCGGCCGAGGUUGCAAAAUCCAUAGUUGUUGAGUGCAUGUCCAAACCCUUUUACGGCAAAAAUAUUCUAAAAGUUGAUCUCUCUGUUGAUGCCAAGUGUGCUCAAAAUUGGUACUCGGCAAAAUAGGUAUAGGUAGCAUAUACUACAUUACUGUAUUUGGUAGAUGUUUAUUCAUUCAGAUGGCUCAGGCUGCAUGGUUCCGUCGGUGAUUGCAAUCACAAGAGUCUUCUACUUUGGUUCUUCUUCUUUAAGGCAAUUUCAAUGCCUUAAAUAGUACUAUUGCUAGAGGUUUGGAAUUUUUCCACUGUGAUAUUUUGGUAAUACUAAAAGCAUAUCACUUUUAACUCAGAUGGGAGCAAAAGGCGAAAACCAGUGGCCUCGGCUUUUAACUGAUUUAGCUAGCAGGGUUUUUUCUUCUUAUGAAUGUGUACCUAGUUUUCAUCCCUUGCAUCAUGUACCAGUAUGUAUGGUCUUUUUGGUUGAUGCAAAGUAUAUAAAUAUGAGCCCCGUCGAAAACUUGUACUUCAUGUACAAUAUUUUGCAGCACUUUGCAGGCAUAUAUGAUUAGUAACUAGUGACUAGUA